AUGAAUCAAAUAGCAGAUGAUGAGGGCAUAGAGGAGCCAGAAGAGAUGAGGCCUGCGGACUAUUUCGAUCUCAUUGGCGGAACAAGCACUGGCGGUCUUAUAGCCAUUCUCCUUGGACGUCUCCGUCUCAGGACCAAAGACGCCAUCUCACUCUAUCGGCAACUCGCCAAAAAGAUAUUCCAAGAAAAGCGAGGCUGGGAAGUUGGUGGGCUUCGCCUGUCCAGAGGCGGCCAAGAGCGUUAUGACGCAAAGAUCCUUGAAUCAGCUAUCAAAAAGGUGGUCGAGGAUGGUGAAGAAGAUUCAGAGGCCGCAAUGUACCAGAAACCCAGGGAUGGAGAGCGUCAUUGUAGAACCUUUGUUCUCGCGGUGUACGGCGACUCGGUGAACAAUGCCGAGCCGCAUCUAUUUACUACGUACGAUCGAAAUGAUGGGACAAAGAUCUGGGAGGCGGCUCGAGCUACAAGUGCAGCAACCGGAUUUUUCGAGCCAAUGAUGGUCGGGGACCCGCCAGUUCGUUAUGUGGAUGCUGGCCUGGGCUACAAUAACCCCGGCGAGCAAGCAUAUGAAGAAGCAAAACGUUUGUGGUAUGAAGUCCCUAUUGGAGUAUUUCUCUCUUUAGGUACGGGAAAAGAGACGGCAGCUUCUUUGCCAGAUUCUGGUGGAUUUUUCGGUCUAUCAGCUCAGGCAGCGCAAGUAAAAGUUCUCAUCGACUUAACGUCAACUGCUACUGGAGUACAUAACAAGCUGUUCAAGAGGUUCAAGCAAGAGGAGGAUACCGAAUACUUCCGUUUUAAUGUCGAUCAGGGUCUCAACAAGAUCGGACUUGAUGAGUGGAACCAAGAGGGUAAGCUAGCAAGCUUCACGAGGGCAUAUUUCGACAACGCUGAGACUUUCGAUCUGAAACAACGCUGCGCGACACGUUUACGACAACUCACUGGCAAUGCGAAACCCUUCACUGUUCCCGCGGACGUCUUUACAGUGGGAAAUGAAGACGAUGUUGACAAUCCUGGUCAAGGAUCCCCAAGGAUGAAAUUCUGGUACCGAGAACAAGUAGGCGAAUCUGGUUACCCAGAUGAUGUGGCUGUUGACACUAAAUUUCAAGAACCAGAUAUCCGACCCCCAGGAAACACCAUCCUCUCUUGUCGGCGGGUUUGUCACAUCCAACUCCGGGGUCAAGCGUUCAAAAUCCCGCACGGAAGAUACCGCAUACAUUGGAUAAUGUGGUUCUGGGCGGGGAAGACAUUUCCUGUCGGGGGCGGUCGCAGUACGCCUAUUACUCACUUCACUGAGAACACCGUCGAGGAACGCAGAUUUCUACCUCAAAACCCAAGCUCAGCGCCGCCGAAACAUGACUGUCUGUUUUACUUUCCCUUUGAACUUAAACUUUCUGGAGGACGUGCGCAGAACCAAGGGCAUCGAUUCAUGCACGAUGUGGUAGACGCUGAUGAAAACCCGUUCUUGGCCCCAAAGCUUCUGGAGCCGGGCUUUCAGGAAUACAAUCUCAGCUCUGGUCUCUGGAAUACCUACAAAAAUACCGGAUGGUGCGAGAUUGGGGGUCAAUUUGUGGACGUCAACAUUGAUGGACAUAUGGCUUUCGUCAUUUCAAAGAAGUUCGAGCGUCAGUGGUAUGGAGGGUUUUCUUUCGGCGGUGUUCGUCUUGAACCAAUACAAUGGUAA